AUGGAGAACUUGCUCUCCAUGGCCUUCGACAACCUUUCGUCGUAUGACGGCCCCAAGGUCCGCAAGGGUCUGCGCCAGGUCGAAGGGCUGCUCGCCAACAUCUGCUUGUCGCGGAAACAGCAACCGAAGCAGAAGGAUAAGGAUAAGGACAAGGACCCGUUCAGAGACGAGGACGACGACUCCGCUUCGCAACAGCCGGCGUCACCCAAAAACCUCGCCGAGCUGUCAGAGGACCCGGCCUUCUACGAGUUCUUCAAGCUGCAGGAGGGCUUCGAGUGGAACGUGGCGCUGCGGCUAGUCAACACGCUGGACCGGCUGCUGGCUAAAGGGAGCGAUGGCCAGAACGACUUGUUGAUCAUGAACUCGUUGGACUUGAUCCAGGGCGUGUUGCUGUUGCAUCCGCCGAGCAAGACGCUCUUCUCGCGCGAGAUGUACAUGAAUCUCCUUCUCGACCUCUUAGAGCCCGAUUUCUGCCCCGCAAUCCAAUCCGCCACCCUCCUGACGCUCGUCGUAGCGCUCAUCGACACCCCGCAAAACACGCGCACGUUCGAGAAUCUCGACGGCCUGCUGACGGUAACCUCCCUCUUCAAGUCGCGUUCCACGAGUCGUGAAGUCAAACUCAAGCUCGUCGAAUUCCUGUACUUCUAUCUCAUGCCCGAGGUACCCUCGAUCCCGAGCGCCACGCCCCGCGGCAACGUACCGGCGCUGUUGCAGCGCAGCCCUAGUAAGCUAGCCAAGGCAUUCUCAACGAUGAGUGGGCCUAAUGGGGAGAGGCGCGACAGCAGAUCGCGGGCCGAUAGCGACGGCGCCGAGACGCGCAGCCAGGAAGAGAAGCAGGGCCUGUUGGGUCGCCAUCUGAAUAGUGUUGAGGAGUUGGUCAAGGACCUGCGGCAGAGCACGCCGUUUGGUGGUGUGGUGUGCUAG